AUGGCCUCGGCUGCUAGUGCACCCCCCGAGCCGGAGAUAGGAGAGCCCGGCCGGCCGAGGCUAACGCGGAGGACCCGGAGGGAGUCGAGCCGCGAGCCGCCGCGGCCGCCUCCUCCUCCACCACCGCCGGAUUUGGACUACCUGCAACGGCCGAGCUACUGCGACGCGGGCUUCGCUUUGGAGCAGAUCUCCCAGGGCAAGGCGACCGGGAGGAAAGCACCACUAUGGCUGAGAGCAAAGUUCCAGAGACUUUUAUUUAGGCUGGGCUGUUACAUACAAAAGAACUGUGGAAAAUUUUUGGUGGUGGGCCUCAUGAUUUUCGGAGCAUUCGCGGUGGGCUUACGGGCAGCUAAUUUGGAGACGGACGUGGAGAAGCUUUGGGUGGAAGUUGGUGGGCGUGUAAACCAGGAGCUGAAGUACACACGGCAGAAAAUCGGCGAAGAGGCCAUGUUCAACCCUCAGCUCAUGAUCCAGACACCACGGGAGGAGGGAGCCAGCGUGCUAACAGUGGAUGCGCUAGUGCAACACCUGGAAUCAGCCAUGCGAGCCAGCAGAGUUCAUGUUUACCUUUAUAACCGACAAUGGAAAUUGGAACAUUUAUGCUACAAAUCAGGAGAACUAGUCACGGAAACUCAUUUUAUGGAUCAGAUCAUAGAAGCACUUCAUCCCUGUCUUAUCAUCACCCCUUUGGACUGUUUCUGGGAGGGAGCCAAGCUUCAUUCUGGGAUGGUCUAUUUACCAGGUAAAGACCCUUUGCAGUGGACCAAUUUCGAUCCCAAAGACUUCCUCGACGACCUACGUAGGGGAAACUUCCCCGUAGACAGCUUUGAGGACAUGUUGGAAAAGGCCGAUGUUGGCCAUGGCUACAUGGAUCGACCUUGCCUGAACCCCGCCGACCCUGACUGCCCUCUCACUGCACCUAACAAGAACUCCACCAAGCCGUUAGAUGUGGCAUGGACACUGAGCGGUGGCUGCCACGGUCUAUCCAGGAAGUAUAUGCACUGGCAGGAGGAGCUGAUUGUAGGCGGGACCACCAAGAACGGCAGCGGACCUUUGCUUAGUGCUCAGGCCUUACAGACGAUGUUCCAGCUGAUGACUCCCAAGCAGAUGUUUGAGCACUUCAGGGGCUACGAGGAGGUUUCCCACCUCAACUGGAAUGAGGAAAAGGCUGCAGCCAUCUUGGAGGCCUGGCAGAGGAGAUAUUCUGAGGCUGUGUUGCAGAGUGUGGCUGCUAACUCAUCCCAAAAGGUCUUGUCUUUCACCACCACCACCCUGGAGGACAUUCUUAAGUCCUUCUCCGACAUCAGCGUUAUCCGCGUGGCCAGCGGCUACUUGCUUAUGCUGGCCUAUGCGUGUUUGACAAUGUUGCGGUGGGACUGCGCAAAAUCUCAGGGGGCCGUUGGGCUGGCGGGUGUCCUGCUGGUGACGCUUUCAGUGGCGGCGGGCCUUGGCCUUUGUUCUCUACUGGGCAUCACCUUUAAUGCUGCCACCACUCAGGUGCUGCCAUUUCUAGCUCUUGGAGUUGGUGUGGACGAUGUCUUUCUUCUCGCUCACGCCUUCAGUGAGACGGGACAAAACAAGAGGAUCCCAUUUGAGGACCGCACAGGUGAGUGUCUAAAGAGGACCGGAGCCAGUGUAGCACUCACCUCGAUAAGCAACGUCACUGCCUUCUUCAUGGCCGCCCUCAUUCCCAUCCCAGCACUACGGGCGUUCUCCUUACAGGCUGCAGUGGUGGUGGUGUUUAACUUUGCCAUGGUCCUGCUCAUCUUCCCGGCCAUCCUCAGCAUGGAUCUGUAUCGACGAGAAGACAGGCGCUUUGACAUUUUCUGCUGCUUUUACAGCCCGUGUGCCAACCGCGUGAUCCAGAUGGAGCCUCAGGCUUACCUAGAUGGAUCAGACGGGAGUCGUUACAGUCCGCCGCCAUCCUACCGCGCGGCGCUGCCAUCCUACUGCACGCCUCCACCCAGCUACAGCCCGCCGCCCUCCUACAGCAGCCAUAGCUUUGCCCAGCAGACACAGAUCACCAUGCAGUCCACGGUGCAGCUCAGGACCGAGUACGACCCUCGCACGCAGGCUUUCUACACCACGGCCGAGCCCCGCUCCCAGAUCUCCGUGCAGCCAAUGCAGCCGCCUGGCCGGAGCAACCCUCACGGCAACUAUUACAACAAUAAUAAUAACAACAGCAGCCGGCGGAGUCACAGGACAUCUCAAUAUCAUCAUACCGGUGCUCCAGUUGCUGCUUCAGGUGCAGUUCCUCAGUCGGAUCCUGCUUCAGGAAGCAGCCAAACCCCGGAGAAUAACAGCUCCACCCGGGACUUGCUCUCCCAGUUUGGGGAGGCUUCAUUUGGCGUGAGGUGCAUGGAACCUCCCUGCACCCGAUGGACACUGGCUUCUUUUGCUGAGAAGCACUAUGCUCCGUUCCUGCUGCAGUCCACCACCAAGAUGGUGGUGAUCUCGCUUUUUCUCUGCUUACUGGGGGUAAGCCUGUACGGCACCACCCAGGUACGGGACGGCCUGGAGCUGACCGACAUCGUGCCACGGGAGACUAGCGAGUACGACUUCAUUGGCGCACAGUUCAAGUUCUUCUCCUUCUACAACAUGUACGUGGUGACGCAGCGAGCCGACUAUGCUCAUAAGCAGCCGCUGCUGCACCAGCUGCACCGGAGGUUUCACUCCGUCCGCUACGUGCUGAAGGAGGACAAUGGACUGCUGCCCCCCAUGUGGCUUCACUACUUCAGGGACUGGCUGCAAGGUCUGCAGCAGGCAUUCGACAAAGACUGGGAGGCCGGUCGCAUCACUCCGAACAGCUACAAAAACGGCUCUGACGACGGCGUCCUGGCAUACAAGCUUCUAGUGCAAACGGGGCGCAGAGACAAGCCCAUCAACUUUAACCUGCUGACCCGUCACAGGCUCGUGGAUGCCGACGGGAUCAUCAACCCUGGAGCCUUCUACAUCUACCUGACCGCCUGGGUUAGCAACGACCCAGUGGCCUAUGCUGCUUCGCAGGCCAACAUUCGCCCACAUCCUCCCGAGUGGCUCCACGACCCCACCGAUUCAAUGCCCGAAACACGUCUCACCAUCCCUGCCGCAGAGCCCAUCGAAUAUGCACAGUUCCCCUUCUACCUCAACGGGCUCCGGGAGACGCCGCAGUUCGUGGAGGCCAUCGAAAGCGUUCGGGCUAUAUGCGGCAACUACAGUCGGCAGGGUCUGCCCUCCUACCCCAACGGCUACCCCUUCCUCUUUUGGGAGCAGUAUGUCAGUCUUCGUCACUGGCUCCUGCUCUCCAUCAGUGUGGUGCUCGCCUGCACCUUCCUGGUCUGCGCACUCUUCUUGCUCAACCCAUGGACCGCCGGCAUCAUUGUAUUGGUGCUGUCUCUCAUGACAGUGGAGCUGUUUGGCUUCAUGGGGCUGAUGGGAAUCAAGCUGAGCGCCGUCCCAGUGGUCAUCCUCAUCGCCUCAGUAGGCAUUGGAGUGGAGUUUACCGUCCAUGUAGCCCUGGCCUUCCUGACAGCCAUAGGGGAUCGUCACAAGCGGGCAGUGCUGGCUCUGGAACACAUGUUUGCACCGGUACUCGACGGCGCCUUCUCCACGUUGUUGGGCGUUUUGAUGCUCGCGGGCUCGGAGUUUGACUUCAUCGUCAGGUAUUUCUUUGCAGUAUUGGCCAUCCUAACAGUUCUGGGAGUUCUGAAUGGACUGGUCCUUCUUCCUGUGUUGCUAUCCUACUUUGGGCCCUAUCCUGAGGUGUCACCAGUGGAUGGUCGCAGCAGGUUACCCACCCCAGAUUCUCCAUCCCACGUGGUCCGCUUCUCAGUCCGUCCCCGCCCCACCGCCUCGGCCACCUCGGGCGCAGCCUCAGAUUCGUCGGACUCCGAGUACAGCUUCAACAGCAGCGCUUCGGGUGUCAGCCAGGAACUGCCGAGCGACAAUUUGCCCCCGCAUGGGGGGCAAGCUGGAGCUGAAGAACAUCAGCAGUACCAUUUCCACACCAGUAGGGGCAGGGUAAACAGGCCGGAAGAGGAAAGGAGGGUGGGAUCAGGGCACCGGCGCUCAACCAGGCAGCCCGAUCCCCCGCCCUCUAAUGUAUCCUCGACUCAGGGUUGUAAUGCUGGAACCGGGCCCGGUGCACAGUCACAUAACAGGGACCCUAAGGAUCAGCACCAUCGGCAGGCCCCGCCCCCCGGCCGCCCGCGCACAGACGCUUUCGAAACCUCCAGCCAGGCCGGCGCCCCCUUUGGCACCCACGGCCACAGAGAACACUUGGGCCGCCGGGGGCGCGCUCCCCCGCAUCACACUAACCCUUACGGUCAGCCCAUCACCACGGUGACAGCGUCGGCCUCUGUCACAGUUGCCGUCCAUCCCCCCGGUUCAUCUUACCCGGGAUACGCCGCCACGGACGGUCACUGCCAGGAGGAGCCCCAGCCCUCUUUCCAGGACCCCCAUGUGCCCGCGGAAUCCCACACAGGACACAGAGGGAGCACGGUGGAGCCAAUGGAGCUUCAGGAUCUGGAGUUUGAGGCAGCUUAUGGCGACAGUGGCAGACGGGCCAGCUGA